AUGAGAGAUUUGAAACUCAUUCUAUACCGUAAGUAUAUCUUAGAGUUGAUCAAGCAGUUUGAAGAUAUUCAAUUUGAUCAUUUACCUCGACAGAAGAAUAUGAUUGUUGAUGAUUUAGCUACUUUAGUAGCAAUGGUUCGAAUUAAUGAUAAUGCUGACAUUCAGCCCAUCAAAUUAGAUAUCAAGGAUAUGCUUGCUCACUGCUCUAAUGUAAAAGAGGAAGAGGAUGGGAGGCCCUGUGGCCUUAUUGGUGGUGCAAGAGUUGGAUUAGGUGGAGGUGGCCUUGUUGGUGGAGCAAGAGGUGAGCUAUGUGGUAGCCACAAGCUUGGUAGAGGUGCAGGAGGUGGAUUAAGUGGUGGUGGUGGUGACCAUAGGCUUGGUGGAGGUGCUAGAAGGGGAUUAGGUGGUGGGCUUGGUGGAAGUGGUGGCAUUGGUACCGAUGGUGGAAUUGGUGGUGGAAGUGGUUUUGGAGGUGGAAUGCUCGAUGGUAGUGGUGGAGGCCCAGUAAGUGGUGUUGGCGGUGGUGCAGGUGAUGGUUUUGGAGGUAGUGCAGGAGGUGGUGAAGGCCUUGGUGGUGGUGGUGCUGGAGGUGGUGGACUUAAAGGUGGUGGAGGUGGCAGCUUUGGUGUUCAUGGGGAUGCUGGAUUUGGUGGUGGCGGCGGUGGUGGUGGACACUAA